AUGGUGUCUUUGUCUCUGACCACACUAGAGGACAUAUACGAGGUAUGCGUUCCUAGACUGCAGCUGCGACGUACCAAGAACGAGGAGCUUGAGCAUACGAAGGAGGCGCUGCAUGCCGUGGAUGCAGACAGGCGGAAGUUGCGGCGCGAGAUCAUGCAGUUUUGGCAGACGCUCUCAGAACAAAUGGAUACGCUCGAAGGCGAAUUCGUUGGCGACGGCGCGCCGUCAUACCACAAAUCGCUGCCACGAUUGCCGUCUGUGGAUGAGGCGUACACCGAGUUCGAUGAGGACGGCUUGAUAACCCCAAAAGGCCAUCCCGUGAAGCUGCCACGGCUCCCGCCGAACACGCCAGAGACACCGAAUAUCGCGUCGGUACAUCGGUCCUAUCCUUUUCCCAAUGUAGAGACGGUCCCAGAGCAACCGCGCUUAACGGUGCCGGACUCACCAAUGCCUGCAUCGGCCCCCUCCACCACCACCACCACCACGCCUCCAGCGAUAUCGACCAUCUCCUCUGAGAAAGAUUCCUUCGCCUCGCUGACAAAUCUGCGUUACAAGUUCCAGCGCGCGGAGCAAAUUCUUUACGCCGAGUUGUCGCGCUGUCCGGAUUCGAACUUGAACAACGUCCGUAGGUCGUUUGAGUCCGCCGCUCGCGGUGCUGCGAAGCGUCUAUCCGCCUGGGAGGUGAAGCAUACCGCUGGCCAUAAAGUGCGCGAUGUCGUUGCUCAGCAUGAACCAGAAUGGUGGCAGAGUGGGUGUCAUGCUGUUCCAGGAGGAAAUAUCAUUGUCCGCGAAGAUGAUUGGGGCAGCAUCAUCGCGUUUACGCUAAGCUCCCUGGACUACCACAGAGAGCUUGCGAAUAUGGCGAUCAACCGACAGACCACAUUGCCCACCGUCCCACCACCCACCCCAGACGUCUCCCGCCCAUCGUUCUUUAGCAAAACAAACUCGACCACGAAUAUAAGCAAGUGGUUCGGUUCGUCGGACCCCAUACCAGACCCCGACCAAGACGAAGAAGGAUGGCACGAACCAGAGACUUAUUCCUCUGUUAUUAGUCGGAAAGAGCAUCCGCGGGAUCCUACGUCCAUCCUGAAGCUCGGCCUCCCCGACGUCCUCCGCCAGAAGGCUCCGGAUGGUAAUGGCUCCUUCAGAUCGGCAAGCCCAGGUGGACUUAAUCUUACCUUAGGCUCGCGGGCGAAACCGGACGUGCAGAUAUCGAAACAGGCGGCUGAUGGGCAUGUCAGCGUAGGAUCCACCGACCGCGUUGACAAGGUGCUGCAAGGGCUGGAAGCGGCCACUGAGAACUCGGGAACUGUUCGCAGUACGUCUUCGGAGCGCACGACGGCGUCCUCUGCCUUCGUCGAGACGCACAUUCGGCGUGGCAAGGCGUCCUCCGUUAUAUCUUCCGACAGCGACACUACUAUUGGGGAGCACAGCACGACUGGUUCUGUCAGUACCUUACCGCCUCUACCUCCAAAAGAGGAGCCGAACAUCCCACCGACGACGCCUGCCGAGCCGUCCACGCCGCCGACAACACCACCAACACAGUCGACCAUAACCUCGGUCUUCACGAACACGUUCUCGUCCGCGCUACAUUAUGUGUUGCACUCGAGCGAACCCACACCUCCGCUAUCGAAGCACCACCAUGCACUGCUAUCCGCAAACGGGCUAUCGCCCGCGAUCGACGAGCGGCCGCACAUCAAGUAUGACUGGACGAUCGGCAAGCGGCUGCGGUUCAGCUGCACGGUAUACUACGCCAAGCAGUUCGACGCGCUCCGCAAGCGUUGUGGAAUCGACGACAUGUUCUUGCACAGCCUAUCGCGGAGCCAGAACUGGCUGGCCGAGGGUGGUAAGAGCCGCUCGAACUUUUGGAAGACGACGGACAACCAGUUCAUCAUCAAGACGCUCGUCAAUGCGUGGAACGUGGCAGACCUCCACGUUCUCAUCGAGCACGGCCCUGCAUACUUCCGGCACAUGGACGCCACGGCUAGCAAGCCGACUGUCCUCGCGAAGCUCCUUGGCUUUUAUACGGUCGAGAUCAAGAACUUGGAGACGGGCGCCACACAGGCAAAAGCGGACCUGCUGGUUAUGGAGAACCUGUUUUACAAGCAGGAGAUCGUGAAAAUGUUCGACCUCAAAGGUAUACAGGGGCGGAAGGUGAAGGCGACCAGUAGCAGCUCUGGCACCAAGACCCUGUUUGAUGGCGACUGGAUAGAAGGACAGCAACGGGCCCUGACUUUGGUGCAGCCUUACUCCAAAGUUGUUCUCCAGGAGGCCAUCAAAGCCGACUGCGAGUUCUUGGCGAAGAGUAAUAUCAUGGAUUACUCGUAUGUCCUAUCUCGGAGAUGGGAGAAUGAUAGGUUGCUAGUCGGGAUCGACGAGUCGCAUAAGCAAAUGGCCUGUGGCCUGGUUGACACGAUAGGUAGCUAUACAUUCGCCAAGACUUUGGAGUACAAGGCGAAGCAGGGUCUGCACUCUGGCAAGGAGGUCACCGUCAUACCGCCAAACGAGUACCAGGAGCGAUUUGUAAAUGCGAUCGACAACUACUUUGUGGCGUGCCCAGCGGCAGAUAAAUGGUCCCGUCCGCAGGACGACACGAAGAUUCCCAGCGACUACAAGCAGCUGCCCAGCGUUUUGUAA